CCUCACGGCACAUACUUCUCGACAUGACGGACAAAGUGGAACCAGCGACACACCAUGAGGUGGCCAACGUUGAAUCGGAUAGACCCAGGAAGAAAGGCGGUAUCGUGAACACACUUUAUCCCCCGGGACCCCGACCCGGCGCAGGUCCGAGGAUUAAGAACCACUGCAGGAAAUUCUGGUGGUGUGAUUGCCUCGUUCUCAUUAUCAUUGUUCUCAUCAUAGUUCUGCCUAUAAUUUACGUCGCCAUACCAAACAAGGCUCAGAGCGACCUGAACGCAUCCACUCUGGAGGUCGAUCGCCAGGAAGUCACGCAGCCCACACCAGACAGUGUCGAAUUAGCCCUGGAUAGCACAGCUAGAAGUAGCAGCAGCUUCCACCCCAUAAUCGAAGGCUUCCGUGCUGCAUUUUACCUCGAAGGACAAGAACCUUUCGUCUACGCUGAUAUUCCAGAGACCAAGGCCGAAGCCGUGACAUCUAUCAAAGUCCGGCAAAAUGUCAAGAUUGCAAACAUGGACGCGUUCAAAGAGUACAACAAAGUUGUUAUAGGCAGCGAGGAGUUCACUGUGCUGUUCUCUGGAAAGACAAAGGUCCGCCAGUCUGGCUUGAGCGCCAUCUCCGUCGACUAUAACAAGAGGAUUACCAUGAAAGGUCUCAACAAGCUCGCCGGUCUUAACAUCACCGACCUCAAGAUCCUCACAUCGCAGGAAGACAUCCUCCCCGACGGCUCCAACCUCGUAGGCAGAGUCAUCAUCCCCAACCCCUCCGUCCUAACCAUCGAUCUCGGGAACGUGACCAUGAACCUCUCCGUCGACAAAAAGCCCAUCGGCACCGCUUUUCUGCCCGACCUGCUGUUGAAGCCCGGCACCAACAACGUCACCAUGCAGAGCAAAGUCGAUCAGCGCGAGAUUCUCGGGCUCGUGUCGAGCAAAUACAAGAAUGCGAUUUUGCCGGUAGAUAUCAUCGGCAACAGCAGUGUACGCAAUGGCGAGCAUUUGCCGUACUUUGAAGAGGCUAUCAAGAGUAAUUCUGUCAGGGUGGAUCUUAAUGUUGCGUCCGCUAUUGGUGGAUGA